GGCCAGCUAGCUAACGUGAGCGAUACUUCUGUCGUGCUGCUCUUUAAGGUCUGAAAAGCGUGGACAAUCGAGUUGAACAUCUACAACACAGGGAAAUAACAUCGGCGACACAGAAACACUUCACCCUAGAUAGUUUGGGUGUAUAUUUAUCGCUAGCAGUAGCUACACUUCAUUUCCACAGAGCCGACGGACGCGACUUCGCCUCAUGAUUUCGGGCUGGGUGAGCGAAGGUUGGACUACAGUGAACUUGCUGUCGUCGAGCCGAGCUAACAAAAUGUGAUUAACCUAAAAAAAGAAAUAGAAAUACUUGGAAACGAGUCGUGUUUUGCCAGGAAGUGUUGUGCGAGGUCGACGUCGUCACGUACAUCCUUGAUUUAAUGGGUCCAAUCAUUGGGAUGUCGCCAGAUAAGAAAACGGAAAUUCCGGGUAUGCAGGAGGAGCGGACAGGGCUCAGAGGUGUUUGUGGUGCAGGAACACUGCCCGAGGCUGAGUGUGCAUCCAGUCCACUGGCCACCAGUCUCGAUCGCACCGGGGGCUCCGAGGACGAGGAGCUGACCAACCUCAACUGGCUUCAUGAGAACCUGCUCCAGAACUUCACUCUGGGAGGACCUGAAGCUCAGCCCAGCGGGAGCCCCUUCUUUGACAUAGAGGGGGACCACGGGGCCAACCAGGGCCCGUCAUCUUCCUCCUCAUCUUCGUCACACAGUAGAGGCAGAGAGCGGGACUCGUUGAAGUCUAAGCCCCCUUUCUCUUUCUCUCUCCUCAUCUACAUGGCCAUUGAGCAGUCGCCCAGCAAGUCUUUGCCAGUCAAAGAGAUCUAUGGCUGGAUUCUUGAGCACUUCCCCUAUUUCUCCAACGCUCCCACUGGCUGGAAGAACUCAGUGCGCCACAACCUGUCCCUGAACAAAUGCUUCCGCAAAGUGGAGAGGAGCUUGGGAAAGGCCAAUGGAAAAGGUUCUCUCUGGUGUGUUGACCCUGAGUAUCGCCCCAACCUGAUCCAAGCCCUUAGGAAGCAACACUUCCCUGCCGCACAUGCCUUCUGCACACCACCCGCCUCCCCACCCAGUGCCUCCUCACCCCCUCGCCACCUCUUCCUGCAAGGCUGUUCAUUCAAAGAGUCUGACAUUGAUGCUGCCACUGCCAUGAUGCUCUUAAACUCUGCCCCUGGGCACCACGUCGACCCAUGCGAUUCUGAUAGUCCACUGGACCUGUCCAGACCUGACUCUGUGCUGGUGAGCAGUGAUCCGAAGCAGGACCACAACUACAGCAGUAUGGCCCUGCAGCGUUGCUCCUCCCGCUCCUCCUCCUCUUCUCUUUCCUCCCUGGACGAGGGAGGCUGCGACCGUGGGCAGAAUCGUCGCGCCGGCAGCGAGGGCUUCCACAGCGAUGAGGACUCCGACCUCUGGGAUGAGAGGGGCGGCCACCAGCCUUCACGAUGCGCACCCUCCAUUAAGUGGCCCGCGGGCAAGAGGGCACGACGUGAAGUCAAGCCGGAGCUGGACGAGGAGCUGAAGGAAGCAGCCGGUUCUCUACUGCACCUUGCUGGUAUACGCAGCUGCACGGAGGGCUCCAAACGCACUGUCAAGAGCACAAAACUGAACAGGAAAUAAAUUUUUUUUUUUUUCUUCCCAUCAGACUCCUGACCCUGUGAACCCUAACCUCUGACCCCUGAUCGUGUGUCCCAGUGUGCCUCCUUCUCCUCAUCUGAUCGCUGAUUGGCCAUUUUGAGCCUUUUUUGUUUGGGAUAUUCCUGUCCAACAAAACAAAUGGCAAUAGUAUCGUUCACACAGGAGAACAAAGCCAUAUAGAGACUUUUGUAACUCGGGGGUAACUGGUGGGUUGGGUGUUUGGGCUGUGGAGAAACAUCAUAAUACCUAUCCAAAAUGACCUGCCUGCUUCUGUCGGAUUAGAUGAUUGUGAUUCAAAGAUUUUUUUUUUUUUUUCUCUGAAAGACAAAAUGGGAAAAGCUGAAGGUUUUAUAACUCAAAGCGUUGCAUGCUUCCUCCUCAAACCUAUAUCCUCUUCCAAGUGAAUAUUUAUGAAGCGAAUGAGUGCAUGUUUGUAACAAACAAAAUCUAACCUCCUGGUGUAAUCAGUUUCUCCUUUUUGUGCUGAAGAAAAAAGCUAAUGUUUUAAAAGGAAUUCUUGGUCUACAAAUCUUUAGAGAUGCAAUAAUUAAUCCACAAGUUUAACUUUUUGACGUUAUUUAAUGGUGGUUAUCUUUUCAGAGGCGAGAACGCUGGUUAAACUUUACAAUUAAGAGAAUGAAUGGAGUAGUAUUAUGAUCUUAUCAGCUAAACAUAUUACACAUGAGCUCUGGCUCUUUUCAGGAUUAGCAACAUGUGGAUAUAGUGUUACUCUGCCACUGCCAAAUUUAGUUGCAAAGUUAGCUACUACUACUUUGCUAGGUUUUGUGAGGCCAUCCCCGUGCCAUACAAAGGAAAACUAUAUCAUUGUUUUGCAUUCUUCAUUCUGUCAGUCCCUGUCAUUCACUAGUAUGUUUUUUCAUGUCUAAUCUUACAAUAUCACAUGUAUUGUAUUCAUGUUUCUGCUCACAACCUAUGCAAAGUGAAGCAACUAAUUUGACCACCUAAUGGCAUAUGUUGACUGUGUGCUAGCAUAGGUUACUCAUAGAUUUGUGUGUGUAUCAUACAUCUGAGAUGAGUGACAUGAGCCCAAGACUGAGAUGAUGGGCAUGACAGAGGAGUGUUUGAGAUGGUCCAGCUAACUGGCUCUGUGUCAGUCCAAAUCUUCUGACAAAACACUCAUAACAUUUGAGUGAAUUUGGUUGGUUUUGUGAAAGAGAGACGCAUCUCGCUCUUGCCACAGCUAUACUUGACAUGGGUUGUAAGAGUUUGUACUUGGUAGGGUUGGACUCUGGUGCUUUCAUUUGGUCAUACAGAUUUUGUUAACAGGCAGGAGUGGACCCACACGAAAUAACCGCAGCUUCUGGCCUCAACAUUUGGGUGUGCUGUUUGAUUAUGCCUCCCUGUGCUAAGUUUUUGAACCAUGUAUGUAGGAAAAUUGCAAAAUUAUCCAGCUAAAUUUUCUUUUUGCUGAUCUUGUGGCCGAGUAAUUCACUACUUGGGGUGGGGGUGUGUGUCUGUUUUGGUUCAAGUAAAGGAAAUGUAGAGGGUGGAGGGAGAGCAGACUGGAGUGUGAAGAAUGAGAAGAGGACAGAGGUAUCAUCACGGCCAAAGAGAAUUGACAUUUGCAUGUACAGCGCACCUGUGCAGUUGCUCGCAGGCGAGAUGUUGCAGACUUGUGCUGCACUCAUGUUGUGCCCCUAGUUCUGGCUGGCCAGUGUUGUCUCCUUGUUCUUCCCCCUAGAACAAAAUAAGGAAGUGCACACUCUAUUCUCAAGCUGUGAAAUGGGGUGUUUAUUGUAAGUUGAUUGCAUGCAGUUCAGUGAGGGGAAGUUGCAAGUGACUUAUGUAAAAGGCCACAGUCCUCAUUUGAGCUUUUAUAAAAGUUGUGCACAGGCAGCAUAUAAUACAAGAAAGCAUGGAAGUGCACAACAGUAUCAGACUCAAAAUUAUAUUCUUCUCACAUGGAAAAAAAUUUAGAUUAGAUCACAUUGUAUUGCAAUGACUGUUAGUAUAGCUUGCAUGGCCAGUGCCAAACAUUUUCUUGUGCCACUGAUGUGAAACUACAAAUGUUGCGGUCACCAUGUUCCCCUGUUCCCACAAUUUAGCUAUGUGAUUUAGAGUAACAGUGCCCUAGUUUUCUGAAUCAUUUUAACAGGAAAUGGGAGAGGGACUGUGACCAGUAUAGUGACUAAACAACCCUUUGGUUUAUUUUUGUUGCUUUAGAGUGGGAGCAGUUCUUAGAAGUAAGCUGCACUUCUCAGAAAUAAUAUUUGCAUACACUGGUCUUACUUAGCUGUGAAAAGAAAGAACAAAUUGUUGUUGUUCAUUAAUCAUCACCUUAUUUAUGACAUUAAUUUAUGGGACUCUUGAAUGCAGACUCUAUCAAAUACUGGUCAUUUGAAAUGAAUGACUUCUCACUAGGCACAUUUAUAUUCUCCCUCUGUGAAAUCCUCUUGAUAAGUGUUUUGGUUUUCUCCUGAGUUUAUUUUACAGCAAUACACCUUUUUUUCUUUCACUGUUUUAUAGUGAUUAAGUAUUUUGCCAAUGUCUAUUGUCUUUAGAGCGGGUGUUUUCAAUUUAACCAUGACUGCCAGGUUUUCUUGAUGUUUUGUUUUUGGUUUUUGUUAGACUGGAUAGAAGACGAUUAAUUAACAUAUUGAUCCUGAAACCUUUUGUUGCCAAAACUUGAUGUACAGCAGGGGUAGACAUUUCAGCUGAACAGACAUUCCCCGUGCAGAAUUUGUUUUGAAGCUGAUGUAAUCAUUUUUACAUUUAUCUGACAUAUGGUUCAUGUUUAGAUAUUUUGACUAAGCAGUCAAAAUUUAAAAGUAGCUGUCAAAUCUCACCACCGUAGGAUCAUCAACUUAAAAAAAAGAAGAAAAAAAGAAAAAUUACACUUACUGCCACUGAAAACUCAUGCUUCCAGGUGUUGCUGUGUGGUGUUAAAUUUUGUUUUCAACACCUUUUGAAAACUGGAAAAGACUAACUUCGUCCCCCAGGGCUGCUGCUGUGUAGUUUCAGGCCUACAUUAGAGUGUAGGGAGGACUGGUGAGAGAUUAUGGAGAGACUUCUAGAGGAAAAUCUUACUCGUUCUUUCUGUAGCACUUGAAAAGGAAAGGCUCUGUCAGUCUCAAAGCGGCAUUGAUUCCCUCUCUGAGUCGAUGUCGAUCUGUGGGUGAGCUACCUAAUAGUUAUGGGGUCCCAGAACUUGUUCAACCCGAAAAGCUGCAUACAAUUGCUUCAUUGCUUGACAGCUGUUAUUGACUAUUGAUUAUGUGAUUUUUUUUUUUUUUUUUUUUUCAAAAUUUUGUUGCAAUUACUAUGUUUAUGAUGAACAUUUUGUUGCAUUUGACUAAGUAAAGCUGCCAACCCAGUAUCAGUUUGUGUCAGUCCUCUGCCAUGUCUGUUAGACAGACACACCUUUUGGUUUUUGUAUGCUAACCUCUGUUGAUAAAAUGUUUAUAAGAUUUAUUUUCGCCAAAGAUAUGCAAUUGCAUUAUAUAUGGUAUUACAAAAUAAUAAUAAAAACCUGUUCUUGUUA